AUGUCGAACCAGCACACUCAGAAGACCUACACCCUCAACACCGGUGAUAAGAUCCCCGCGAUCGGUCUGGGCACCUGGCAGUCCAAGCCCAAUGAGGUCCGCGAGGCCGUCAAAAAUGCCCUGCUGAAGGGCUACCGACACAUCGACACUGCCUUGGCCUACGGCAACGAGGCUGAGGUCGGUGCCGGCAUCCGCGACUCCGGCGUGCCCCGCGAGCAGAUCUGGAUCACCACCAAGCUGGACAACACCUGGCACCACUGUGUCGAGAAGGGCAUCGAGUCCUCGCUGAAAGACCUGGGCGUUGACUACGUCGACCUGUACCUGGUGCACUGGCCCAGCUCCACCGACCCGGCCGACAAGUCCAAGCACCUCCCCGACUGGAACUUCAUCAAGACCUGGCAGGAGAUGCAGAAGCUGCCGGCCACUGGCAAGGUGCGCAACAUCGGCGUGUCCAACUUCGGGAUUAAGAACCUGGAGAUCCUGCUCAACGACCCCUCCACCAAGAUCGUCCCCGCUGUCAACCAGAUCGAGCUGCACCCCAACAACCCCUCCCCCAAGCUCGUCGCCUACAACACCUCCAAGGGCAUCCACUCCACCGGCUACUCCUGCCUCGGCUCCACCAACUCCCCGCUGUACAAGGAUCCUACCCUCCUCCAGCUCGCGGAGAAGAAGGGCAAGACCCCGCAGCAGGUCAUGCUGGUCUGGGGUAUCCAGAAGGGCUGGAGCGUCAUUCCCAAGUCGGUCAGCAAGUCGCGCAUCGAUGCCAACUACGAGAUCGAUGGCUGGAACUUGACUGCCGACGAGGUCAACCAGCUGGAUAACCUCAAGGACCGUUUCAAGGUCUGCGGGGAUGCCUGGUUGCCUAUCAAGGUCUUCUUUGGCGAUGACGAGUAA